CUCCUUCUUCUAGGGUUAGGGUUUUAUUCAUCUGAGUACGAUCCACAUCCGGUGCUGGAGAAGAUACGAGGAAUUCGGGUUUUGAGUCGGAGACUCUCGUGUGGAAAUGCCGUCUAUCCAAACUGCCCUUCCUCCCGAGCUUGCUAACAAUGUUAUCAGGUUGUAUCGAGAAUGCCUUCGAAGAGCCAAAUACAUCGGGCACAAGCAACACAACACCGAGCUUGUGGUUGAUAUGGUGAGACAGCAGUUUAAGCGACAUAUGCAUGAGAAAGAUCCUGAGAAGAUUCAAAAGUUAAAGGAUGAUGCGGCGCGGGGACUCAUCAAUCACAUAUUAUACGAGUCAGAGAAGUUGUCGGGACGAAAAUUCAGCAACAGCUCCUGAUCUGUUCAUCUGGUCUCGUGGUUCAGUUAAGACCGUGGAACUAUUUGGCUUAAUAAGGGGGGGAAAACGCAAUGCUUCACCUAGGUACGGCUUCUCUGUGUUGUCCUUCUCCUUCUCCCAUUCAAAAAUGAUGCUGUCGUAUGCGGGGCUUUUUCUAUUGAUGUGGAACAAGAAAGCUGAAUGGAUGAAUCGUUUUGUGAAUCGUAUGUGAGGGAGGAGCUAGGACAAAAUGCUGAAUGUGUGUUUUCUAGUUAAAAACAGUAAUUAAGACAUGAAAGCUGAAUAAGAGGAAUCAGAGAAAUUCUCAACCA